AUGUGUUCUCCGCCAGCACGGGUAAAUGAACAUAAUCUUUACAACAUUCCAAAAAAACCUGUUCCGUUCGACACUAUUCAUGUGGAUCAUUUUGGGCCUCUGCCAUCAAUUCAACCUGUGCGAAAACAUUUAUUUGUAGUUGUUGAUGCAUUCACUAAGUUUGUAAGACUUUUUGCAGUUAAGUCAACCAGUACCAAAGAAGUAAUAGCUAGUCUCGAAAAGUAUUUUCAAAAUUACAGCCGCCCUAAAAGGAUAAUAAGUGAUAGAGGUACAUGUUUUACCUCAUUAGAGUUUAGUGAAUUUUUACUGAAGCAUAAUAUCAAUCAUGUUAAGGUCGCGGUGGCCUCUGCUCAAGCCAAUGGCCAAGUUGAAAGAGUAAAUCAUGUUCUAAAAACCAUGUUGAGUAAAAUGACUGACCCAAUUAAUCAUGCCGAUUGGGUGAGGAUGUUACCAAAGGUAGAAUUUGCCAUUAACAACUCUACACAUAGUUCGUCUAAACAGACACCAAGUCAACUUUUAUUCGAUGUAGAUCAAAAGGGCGAAGUAAUAGAUUAUUUGACAGAGUAUUUAUCCGAAAAGAAACAGAGAGCACAUGUUAGAGAUCUUGAACAAAUGCGCCAGGAAGCUGCAGGAUAUAUUGAUAGCUCCCAGAAAAAAAACUUUAAAUAUUUCACAGAGAAGAGUAAACCGCCAAAAAAAUAUUUUGAGGGUGACUUUGUUGUGAUUCGACAUAUAGACACCACUGCCGGAAAAAACAAAAAAUUUUCUGAAAAAUAUCGAGGUCCGUACGUCAUACAUAAGGUUUUGCCUAACGAUCGUUAUGUUUUGCGAGAUGUAGACAAUUGUCAGAUUACGCAAAUGCCAUAUGAUGGCGUUGUUGAGGCUGCACGAAUAAGGGAAUGGAUAACGGGCCCUGACCAAAAUUUGAGGCCAGAUAUUUCGUUGGAUAAUUGUGGUCAAUCAAUAUAUCAGGAUGGCCGAGUUGUAAUAUAA